CAGAAACUUCAUCUUUGCAAGGGACCAAAGCCAACCAGACUCCAACACUAUGGCUUGCUGUGUUGCCCGCUGCUGCAGUGUCCCCACAGGACCUGCCACCACCAUCUGCUCCUCAGACAAGUCCUGUCGCUGUGGAGUCUGCCUGCCCAGCACCUGCCCACACACCAUUUGGCAACUGGAGCCCACCUGCUGUGACAACUGUCCCCCACCCUGCCACAUCCCUCAGCCCUGUGUGCCCACCUGCUUCCUGCUCAACUCCUGCCAUCCCACCCCAGACCUGGUGACUGUCAACCUCACCACCUAUGUGCAGCCAGGCUGUGAGGACCCCUGCGUCCCAAGGUGCUGCUGACCUGUGGCUCCCUACCUCAUACUGAAGACUCCAGGAGCUGCUCAAACACUGUCCACUUGUCUCAGUAGUUAUUACAAUGUUAAAGUAGGCAGAUGACCUAGGCUAUGGAAACCCUAUCUUUGUUUUUAAGGGCAAGAAAUGAAGAAUUUGCUUAUGCGAUCCAGAUGAAUAGUCAUUUGAUUGAUUUCAACAGGUGAAAUCCCUUCCAUUAUGAAAGUGUUAUCAAAAUCUUUAAGAUUUCAAACUAUGGGGAUUUGGCCCAUGUUGCUUCUGGGAUCUUAAGUUCUGUGUUGAGUAUUUUCAGAAGCAAAAUAAUUUCCUGAUGGGUUUUCUAAUAAAUUGUAUUUUCCUGGCCAUAAGUGUUCUUUAUUUAUGUUAGUAUUUGGGAUACAUUUCUUAUGUUUAACAGAUUAUCUUUUAUCAUCAUCAUCAUCAUCAUGAUUGAAGGUUCCAAUGAAGGCACCACCAGAGCUAGCUUGCUGGCAUACCUUCCUAACUUGUUGUCUGUCUUCACUAUCCAUCUUCUCUCCUUUCUCUCAAACUCAUCGAAUCUUCAAAACAACACUACAUAAUGAUAUGGGAAAAGUUGUUCAUUUGUUAUUAAAUGUUCUCAAAAUUAUAAAGUUAGUUACUAAGGCAAGCAGAAUUUAACC